AUGGCGGCGAUCAGAGCCGGGUAUUUGGCCACGGACAGCGAGUUCCUCAGCCAGGGCACGCGAGGUGGUGCUUGCGCGGCAACGGCGCUGGUGAAGGACGGCGAGCUCUACCUUGCCAACGUGGGCGAUUGCCGCGCCGUGCUCGGCACCCGCGACGGCAUCGCCACCGCCUUGACGUCCGACCACACUCCCGGCCGGGAGGACGAGCGGCUCCGAAUCGAGAGCUCCGGCGGGUACGUGAGCCGGGGCAGCGGCGGCGUGUGGCGGGUGCAGGACAGCCUCGCCGUGUCGCGGGCAUUCGGCGACGCCGACAUGAGGCCCUGGGUCACCUGCGAGCCGGAGGUGACACGCCUCCGCGUCACGCCAGACUGCGCCUUCCUCGUCCUCGCAUCCGACGGCCUCUGGAGCAAGGUGUCCAACCACGAAGCCGUAGAAGCCGUCGCCAGGAGCAGCGGCGGUGGUAAUGCCGGCGUGUCCAUGGACUCCUGCAAGGAGCUCGUCGCCAUGGCAAGGAGCAGAGGGAGCAGGGACGACAUCACGGCCAUGGUGGUGGAUCUAAAGCGAUUCCUUCGACAGAAUCGCCUAGCAAAUUAA